ACAGAGCCCUCCAUCCUUCCCUUCCUCCUUUCAUUUUGUUGUGUAUAUGCAAAAAGCCUUUUUUUGGAGAAAAGAAAAAAAAAAAAGAAAAAGAAAAAGAAAAAGAAAAGUAAUUUGGUUUCCCUCAUUUUUCUUCUCCCUUUCCCCUCUUCCAAGAACUUUCUCCUUUUAUCUCCCCCACUACAAUCAAUCUCUCCUUCUUCUUCUUCAUCCGAUCUAUUUUCUCAAUCUUUAUUCUUCAAUUUCUCUUCGUGGGUAUUGAUUUUCUAAUUCCUUUUGGGGAUUUUUUCUUCUUCGUCGUCGUCGUCAUCAUCAGCGCAGAUGAGACCCCUCCAGCCGCUGCCUCAGGGUACGAAUCCUCCCACCGAUCGUACCCGUCGUCGUCCGAAUCUCAAUCUUCAUCUUCCGCAGCGGGACAAUACGUCUUUGGCCGUUCCUCUCCCUUUACCUCCCACCUCCUCCAACUCUGCGCCUCCUCCUUCCACCAGUCAACUCCACAACGCCAACCGCCCGCCGGACCCGCUACCUCAGCAGCGUCAGGCUUUCAGCCUUUCCGAGUUUGAGCGAGUGAGCCGAAUCGGAAGUGGAUGUGGAGGCACCGUUUACAAAGUCGUUCAUCGUCCCACCGGCCGUGUCUAUGCUCUCAAGGUCAUUUACGGUAACCAUGAGGAUGCGGUUAGGCUUCAGAUGUGUCGCGAGGUCGAGAUCCUUCGUGACGUUGACAAUCCCUAUGUGGUCAAGUGUCAUGAUAUGUUCGAUCAUAACGGCGAAAUCCAGGUUCUUCUUGAGUAUAUGGAUCGGGGGUCUUUGGAAGGAACCCACAUCCCUCAAGAACACCAUCUCUCUGAUUUGGCUCGGCAGAUUCUUAGCGGUCUCGCUUAUCUCCAUAGCCGCCGUAUCGUUCAUCGCGACAUCAAACCCUCGAAUCUCCUCAUCAAUUCACGAAGGCAGGUUAAGAUCGCUGAUUUCGGCGUUGGUCGAAUCUUGGAACAGACUAUGGACCCUUGUAAUUCCUCGGUUGGAACUAUUGCGUACAUGAGCCCUGAGAGAAUAAAUUCCGAUCUAAAUCAGGGUCAAUACAAUGGGUAUGCAGGGGAUAUUUGGAGCUUUGGGGUUAGCAUAUUGGAAUUCUAUCUCGGUCGGUUUCCUCUUGCUGUUGAGAGGCCUGGGGAUUGGGCAAGCUUGAUGUGCGCUAUUUGUAUGGCUCAGCCACCAGAGGCGCCGCCCACUGCUUCACCGGAGUUUCGCCAUUUUAUUGCCUGUUGUUUGCAAAGAGAAGCUCGGAAGAGAUGGACUGCCGCUGCAUUACUGGAACAUGCGUUCAUAACUAGGAAAAAUGGAGCAAGUCAGUACCAGAAUCAGCAAGCUCAUCAUCAGAAUCUUCGUCAACUAUUACCUCCUCCGCCUCUUCAUCCUUCCAGCCUUUCUUGAGACAAAGACAGCCUUUUAAUAUUUUUCUCAUUUUGGUUUCUUUUCUUGAAUUGCUCUGUCUUCCUGAGAAGCAUGACGACGCCAUUAUUGUCCUGUAAUUUUUCUGGAAUAGCCCAAGGGAAUGGUAAAUUAUUUGCUGUUUAGAUCAGUAAAUCAUCUGUUUUUCACGACAUUUUUCAGAACAAUGCAAAAAUUCUGUAAUCUUUUGCCGGUGGCUGAAAUAUCAAGCUAAGUCAAAUUCGUUUUA